CAUUGGCCCAGCUGUGCCACGUGACCAGGCCUUGUUCAAUCAGGGCAGCGACAGCGAGCCGGGCUGCUCUUAGGAGGAGGCCGCUUUUAACCCUUGCGGGGCGGAAGCCGCUGUCGCCGCUGCACCUUGUCGCAGGGGCGGGGCCAGGAGCAAACAAAAAGUGUAGAACAUGAUACCAACAGUUGGAAACACUGAACAAAAUCUGUUUUGAAACAUGUUUUGGGUGCAGUUCUUUUCUAGGCAUGCCUCUGUGCAGAAGAUUUUAGCAAUGAGCAGUGUAACCAGAUGCACUUCAAAAUCAGUUGAACAUGGCUGGUCUGUGUGUCUAAGAAGCAUUUUCUUUAACUCUGUCAAAUACUAUCCCACUAAAUUAGUUCUGGGAAUUGAAACUAGUUGUGAUGAUACAGCAGCUGCUGUGGUUGAUGAUACUGGCAAAAUCUUAGGAGAAGCUCUACAUUCUCAAAAUGAAGUCCAUUUAAAAACAGGUGGGAUUAUUCCUCCAGUGGCACAGCAACUUCACAGAGAAAAUAUUGAGCGAAUAGUGAAAGAAACACUCUGCGUCAGUGGAAUCUCUCUCAAUGAACUCUCUGCUGUUGCAACUACUGUAAAGCCAGGACUCGCUUUAAGUCUUGGAGUGGGAUUAGAAUAUAGUUUAAAAUUGGUGGACAAGUAUAAAAAACCUUUCAUACCCAUCCAUCACAUGGAGGCACAUGCACUUACAAUUAGGCUAAUAAACCAAGUGGAAUUUCCUUUCUUAGUUCUUUUAAUCUCUGGAGGCCACUGUAUCCUGGUAGUAGCACAAGGAGUUUCGGAUUUCCUUCUGCUUGGACAGUCAGUGGAUAUAGCACCAGGAGACAUUCUUGACAAGGUAGCAAGAAGACUGUCUCUAAUAAAGCACCCAGAGUGUUGCAGAAUGAGUGGUGGGAAAGCUAUAGAGCACUUGGCCCAACAGGGAAACAGGCUGCAUUAUGAACUCAGAACUCCCAUGCGACAUCAUCCUAACUGCAAUUUUUCCUUUUCUGGACUUCACUCCAAUGCCACUAGAAUAAUUAUGCAAAAAGAAAGGAAGAAGGUAUUUCAAAGUAAGAUAUAUACAAAUUGUACACCUGUGUGGUUAUAUUUGCAAAACCCUUUGCUCACAAUUUCUGCAGGUGUACAGGAGGGACACCUCCUGUCCUGUGUUACAGACAUUGCUGCUGCAGUACAGCAUGCAGUAGCACUUCAUAUUGCCCAGCGAACACGGGCCAUUCUGUUCUGCAUAAGAAGCGGCAUCCUAUCACAAACAAAUGCAACUUUGGUUGUAUCAGGAGGAGUUGCAAGUAACCAGUAUAUCCGAAGAGCUCUGCAAAUUGUAACAGAUAACUUUAAUUUGCUGUGUCCUCCUCCCAGACUCUGUACUGACAAUGGUGUUAUGAUUGCAUGGAAUGGCAUUGAAAGGAUGCGUGCAGGCUUAGGUGUGUUACACAGCACAGAUGGCAUACGCUAUGAACCAAAAGCUUCUCUUGGAAUUGAUAUCUCAGAACAAGUCGGAGAAGUUGCCAUCAAGGUACCAAGUCUAGAAGUCUCCCUAAAUGAACUUUCAACUAUCAACUUAUAACACAUCCAGUUUGGGAAUUAUUGUUCAUAGCUAUUAUUAAAAUGUUUAAGUUUCUUA